GCAGUGUUGCAUUAUCUUAUCAAGGUUGCCAGCAAUCAAACGAAAUAUAAAGUGGAAGUGGUGUUAGUAGAUAGAACAUUUUCGAGUGAGAGUGAUUCUGUUGAUGUCCUUCCAGCUUAAUCAUGCUUGAUUUUGUUUUUUCAAUAAUAUUUGCCAGUUUAAUAUAUUUAUUCCUAAAGGAUCGUUAUAGAGCGAACAAGAAUUGGCAACAAUUAAAUAAGUGGCUUCCCAUAAGGGCAGGAUGGCCGAUAAUAGGAAAUGCAUUGGAAUUCAAGGAUUUACCUGAUUAUUUGGCGAAACUUCCACAAAUGAUUCCAAAAAAGGAGAAAGUUUUAGUUCUAAAUUUUGUCGGUUCGACGGCUAUUUUUGUAACCGAAAAGGAAUUUGUAGACUUCAUUCUGAGCAGCCAAGAUCUUUUAUACAAGUCUAUUGAUUACAAAUUAUAUAGCAAAUGGCUUGGUAACGGCUUAAUUACUGGUGGAGGUCAGGAAUGGAGGACGAGAAGACGAAUUAUAAAUCCCUCGUUCAAUUAUUCCAUACUUGAAAAUUUUCUAGAAAUAUUCGAUUCCAACGGAAAAGUUUUAAUAGAGAAAUUGAAAAAAAAUCCAACGAAAGAAAGAAUUGAUAUCCACCAUGAUAUAACACUUUACACCCUCGACGUAAUUUGCGAAGCUGCAAUGGGUGUAAAAGUGAACGCUCAACAAGACUCCGAUUCGGCGUACGUUCGAAAUGUGAGUUUCUUGUGCCAAAUCGGAAUGACUCGAGCAGUGUCUAUCAUAAAAAAUUUUGAUCUGUUGUAUCCAUUAACCUUGGAUUUCUACCGCGAAUUAAGGGCGGCUAAACAUUUACGUGAGGUUACGGAUUCGGUGAUAAAAGAAAGAAGUCGAUGGAUUAGUAACGAUGAUGAUGAAUUAACGGACGACUGCGGUCGCAAGAAGAAAAUGGCAUUUUUGGAUCACUUGCUGAAAGCUCGAAUUGACGGGAAGCCUUUACCUCAGGAGUGGAUUAGGGAAGAAGUGAAUACGUUUAUGUUUGCUGGACAUGAUACAUCAGCUUCCGCUAUCAGUUUUUGCCUUUACUUUCUCUCCGAAAAUCCUGAAGUACAGAAAGGUGUAGUAGAAGAACAACAAUCAAUAUUCUCUGACGACAUCUACAGAUCCUCGACAUUGAAUGACCUUAAUAUGAUGAAAUAUUUGGAAUGCGUAAUAAAAGAAACGCUCAGAUUGUGCCCAUCAGUUCCAAUAUACGGAAGAUACGUGGAUAAAGAUAUAAAUUACAAAGGAAACGUGAUUCCAAAAGGAACAAACAUAAUACUAUUCCCGUUUGGUAUGCACCGCGACGAAGAUUAUUAUCCCGAUCCAGAAAAAUUCGAUCCUUCCAGAUUCGAGAAUCCUGAUGAAAAGAGACCGUACAUAUCGUUCAGUGCAGGCCCAAGAAAUUGCAUUGGUCAGAAGUUUGCUUGGUUGGAAAUGAAAACUAUUAUAUCGAAAAUAAUAAGGAACUUCGAGUUAUUACCGACUAAUCCUAGACACAAAUUAGUAUAUUCCGCUGAAACGGUGUUAAAAUCGAUAACAGGGGUAGAUAUUGGAUUGAAAAUUAGAAAGUGGUGAAGAUAUUGCAGCUGCCUUAUAACAAUAUUAUUUGGAAUAGCUGAAAACCUUUAUUUUACUUCAUAUAUUUUUUAUGGUGCGAAAUAGAUUGUGUGAGUUUUGUUUAUUGCAGUUGUAAAAAAUAUGAAGCCUUUGAUUUAAUUGUUUGUCAUACAUAUUUAAUAUUUUUUAUUUGUGCUUUAAUACACCUAACUUUUAAAACCCUUGACAAAAAAAUUGUUGACCAUUACAAAAAUUGUAAUGGUUAAUCUUCUAUAUAUGCAACCACGUUACUUAAAC